AUGACAUAUUGGAAGCUUCUUUCCUUCGUGUGCAAUACAGAAAAUAAUAUUUUUCCCUCACUGAAGUUCUUGAUUUUUUUCAGACUUCCCAUCACGUACGUUGGAGAAGACGAAAUCCGCGGGAUUCCCGUACAACACUGGAGACAGUGUAACUUCAUCAACAAGUGGUCUUCUACAUUCACGGUGGAUUACUACUGGAGUAAGCCAGUCGCAUGGGUAUCAGCCAGCGGUCCUGCAGCGCCCUCUGUCCCCGUGCGGGUGGUAGUGCAGGGCCAAGGUUGUAGCCCUACUGCAGCCACCUGUUCCCGCCGACGUGCCUUCAGAAGGCAGUACGAGUUCGUCUUCUUCAGACCUACACUGACCGUGGACGGGAAAAUAUUCCAGCCCCCAGAGAACGUGCUGUGCCUGAAUGAGAAGCUGUCCCUGUCCCUCCCUCCCCUACCGGACCGGUACGCCGUCAGGACGGAGUACCUCACCAACAUACCCAGCGCUGGGGGGUACCAGACCGUCAUCGCCUACUAUGAUACAUGGUACGACUACGGCUACAAGCUGUCCAGAAUGGACUUCCUCGUCAACUAUGAGAUUCCGGUUCGAACCAUCCAGGACUUCAACACAGGUAUUGAGUACCAGAUUCUCCCCACCACCGGAAACUGCAGUGUGACACCUAUCACCAACCAGACCUGGGACACCGUCUUCACAGACCCCAACCACGUGCGCAUGCGCAACCCGUUCGAGUGGUUCAUGACGGACAAGUACCCGCCCUUCUACCAGGGAAAGCAAAUGACCCGAGGCAUGCGCACCGACGUGUGGUUGGCAGCCCGCGCAGACUGGCCCCCGAGUAACCCCAUGCAGAGCGAGUUCACCUACUACUACUCAUCGGCGGAAUAUCAACACUACAUGGGUUCAUUGGAGCAGAGACGAGUUCCCAUCAAACUGCAGAUUCGGGUCAAUCCCAUCAACUCAGCGUCUGCAGACAAGGCAAACAUCUUCACCUGGAACUACUUCAAGUUUGUGGAGGAACAUCCCUACCUCUGGGUGUUCGACACCACACAGUGUUUCCCCGAGUCCAACAAAGUCAACAUCAUGUUCACUGUACCAGCCGACUACAAGGCGGCGUUCCAGCUGAGUGAGACUCUGGCCCGUGACGUGUUUCUGUACGAGCUGGCUCGGGUCAUGACGGUCUCUCCUCUCCGCAUACAGAACCUAGGGUUUACUUACACCAGUACAAGUGACGUCACUGUCAAGUUCACGUUGCUGGGCGUUCCCCCCGUCACUGGUAACGUCGCCGUCGUCAAGCCGCAGACGUCAUUGGACGUGGCCAGGACUCUGCUGAAGAACGCCAUCGACACCAACAGCUUCCGGGUCACCAUCCAACUGCAGAAUGUGCUGACCGUGGUUGUGCCUGCCUCCCCCGGCACCAUCGUGGAAAACGCCAUCUUUGAUAACCAAUCAUCCACCCUGAUAGGAUUCUCCGGCGGUGCCAUGGCCGGAUUGGCUAUCGGCCUGCUGAUCGUGACCAUCGCCCUGGGGCUGGGCCUGAUGUUCCUGCUGCAGCGCGGGUUCGAUGGGGGGUCUAAGGCUCCUGCCGUGGCGCGCAGCGGGGGAGGCAACUCCGCACCUACCGAGGAGAAGGUCCCGGGAGGCCUGCCCACACAGAUGGAAACCAUCGAGGUCCCCACGGAUAGUACUAGUGCAUAGUACUAGUGUAUAUUUGCAGUAGAUGAUAAUGAUUUGCGGUAGGACAACAACAAAAUAUUCAGAAACGUAAACUGACAGAUAGUAGACUGUUGGUAAAAAAGCGACACAUUGAAACAUUUGUAAAAUGAUCAUGAUCUUUAAUGAUCUGUUGAUAAGAAGAAUAUUCAAGACGAUUUAAGUAGUGCUUAUUUUAUGAAUCCGUAAUUGUACUACUUUUUAUAACAUUAGGGGAUAUGAUCAAGUCAGGGCUACAAUACAAAAAAUAUACACUUUCUUGUUAUAUAGGAAAUGUAAGUUUUUACUCUUAGCAGGUUGAUUUUUAAUAUGAUCACUCUUUUCAAAUUUAGUGCUAACCAAACCAUGUAUAUCUUGCAUUGUAAAAAGAUAUGGACUUGCUUAAUAUCUGAACACGAUUAAAAGCAAAGUUUACCUUGUAAA